GCCCUCAGGAUGGCCUCUCGUACUCCUCAAGAGAGCAGCCAGGAGGCUGGCGAUGCGGAGGACACCCAAGCAUUCCUGGACACCUUCCUGCAGGACUUUCCAGCCCCACCACACCCAGAGAGCCCUCUGCCGUGGAAGGCCCCAGGGGUGGCACUGAGCCUGGAGGAAGUACAGGGCGAGCUGGCCGAGCUGUCACUGAGCUUCCUGGGCAACAGGAGUGCUCCACCAGUGCUGGCUUCGGCCCUGACCCAUGCGGCCCUUUCCCAGCUGUUGCAGACAAACCUGUCAGAGUUCAGGAAGCCACCAGAUCCUGAGGAAGAAGAGGGUGACGAAGAAGUGGACAAGGCCCCUGUGACAAUGCUGGAUGCUGGGGGCCUGGCACGGAGCUUCUUCACCAGGCUCUGGGAUGUGUGUAGCCAGUGGCAAAAGCAGGUUCCGUCAACCACCAGGAAUCUUCAUCAACAGUGGUUGGUCUCCAUCCAUGCCAUCCGGAACACACGCCGCAAGAUGGAGGAUCGGCACGUGGCCCUGCCGGCCUUCAAUCAGCUCUUUGGCUUGUGUGACCCUGUGGACCGCGCCUACUUCGCUGUAUUUGACGGUCACGGAGGGGUGGAUGCUGCCAAGUUUGCAGCAGCGCAUGUACAUACCAACGCUGCCCGCCAGCCGGGGCUGCCCACAGAUCCCGAAGGCUCCCUCAGGGAAGCUUUCCGGCUUACCGAUGAGAUGUUCCUCCGAAAAGCAAAGCGAGAGCGGCUGCAGAGCGGCACCACGGGUGUAUGUGCUCUCAUCGCUGGAAGCACCCUGCACGUGGCCUGGCUAGGGGACUCCCAGGCCAUCUUGGUGCAGCAGGGACAGGUGGUGAAGCUGAUGGAAGCCCACAGGCCCGAACGACAGGAUGAAAGGGAGCGCAUUGAAGCUCUGGGUGGCUUCGUGUCUCAUAUGGACUGCUGGCGAGUCAACGGGACCCUAGCUGUCUCCAGAGCCAUCGGAGACAUUUUCCAGAAGCCCUAUGUGUCUGGAGAGGCAGAUGCAGCCUCCUGGGAACUGACUGGCUCUGAGGACUACCUGCUGCUCGCCUGUGAUGGCUUUUUUGACUUCGUGCCCCCUCAAGAAGUCACUGGCCUCGUCCAGAGCCACUUAGCCCGUCAGCAGGGCUGUGGGCUCCACGUUGCCGAGGAGCUGGUGACUGCAGCCCGGGAGCAGGGUUCCCGAGAUAACAUCACUGUACUAGUGGUCUUCCUCAGGAAUCCCCACGACCUGCUAGAGGCUGGGCUCCAGGAGUCGAGGGACUUGUUGCUCUCUGACCUCUCGGAGCCCAAGACCAGCCCAAUCCAGAGAAUCUAA